ACUCACACAUACACUCACACACACACUACACACAGACACAUACACACACUACAAACACUCACACACACACACACACACACACACACACAAACACUCUCUCUCACACACACACACACACACACAUCACACACACUGCACAUGAUCAGACAGUUAUGUCUAGUUCUAAUGUGUCUGUGUUAAAACAGAACGGAUUAAAUACAAAUGCAGCAUGUUAGAGGGGCACACCAUGUGUAUGACUGGAAUUUGAGCCACUACAGAUUCCAUGUGCCCCUCCUGCACAGGUCAAAGGUCAUCUGUGCUUACUCUGUGCCUGUCUCUGUUUGCUGAGAGAGACGUGAUUUAUACUAGAGUGAACUUCUUUUAGGGAUUUCACACUAGAAUUCAGUUCAUUUGGUUGGUGUGAAUGUGGUUUUUCUUACUCUUGUUGUGUAACUUACACACUAUCUGCUUGGUAAGUGUUUGAGGUUCAUUUUUGUUGUUUUCCAGAGGACUCAUUACCUAGUUACAGUGAUAAACAAUUGCUGCUAGUACUCACAGUGUUAAUAACAUUGAUGACCCAAGUGGACCAAACCUUCUGUAUCCAGCGCUCUCAUCUUUACGGGCGGUCAGGAACUGGCUGGUUAGCAUCACCCCAUCAGCCACUGCUACACCAUUAUGAUGGCUAAAAGCAUGUUUAUCUGUACAGUGCAACAGUGCACACCUACUUUUCAGCGCUCUUGGUUCCGGAAGUAUUUUUCCCAUUCAUUUUUUCCAUAGGGAUUUUAUAAAAUCCUUCAUAAAACAGUUGUAAACCAUGAAUCAAACCAACCAGCUCUGAGGAGAAUCACAACAUUACAAACUUUGAUUUUAAAGCAAAACAUUAUUUGAAAAUUGGACAUAAAGACAAAUAUAUAAGACUGUGUACUUAAAGGGACAGUUCACCCAAAAAUGAAAAUUCUCUCAUCAUUUACUCACCCUCAUGCCAUUCCAGAUGUGUAUGACUUUCUUUCUUCUGCAGAACACAAAUUAAGAUUUUUUAAUAUAAGAAUAUUUCAGCUCUGUAGGUCCAUACAAUGCAAGUGAAUGGUGACCAGAACUUUGAAGCUCCAAAAAGCACAUAGAUGCAGCAUAAAAGUAAUCCACAAGACUCCAGUGGUUUAAUCCAUGUCUUCAGAAGUGAUAUGAUAGGUGUGGGUGAAAAACAGAUAAAUAUUUAAGUUCUUUUUUACUAUAAAUCUCCACCUUUGAUUAGUCCCAACCAGUAGGUGGUGAUAUGCACGAAGAAUUCAAAUCGCCAAAAACAAAAGAAGAAGAAUGUUAAAGUGAAGCUGUGUGACAGAAACACGUCACAUACUGCAGUGUGAAGGCCUCGUUGAUGACAGAAGAUCUGAGGUCAGCGAGUGAAGAAUGUGUGCCAUCCAAACAAACACAUGCCAUCUCUGCCUUCCAACCAUAAAACUGUGGCAGGAACACAGACACUUCAUUACAGGCUGUUCAAGCCAAGAGAAAACACUGGCUGCCAAGACAGAGACACUUUCAUUUGGUCUUUCCUCUUUAUGAACGUCUCCAUCAAAGAGUGGAAAAUCAAAGUAGAGUUUUACUUCAUCAUUGAGACAUCAGUUGUUUGUGAGAUGAUGGUGAGACAUCUGCAGUAAGAUGUAGAAUCCAGACGAGGAGGAGAGACAGAACGAGGAAGAACAUUGUCUGAACGACACAAAGAAGAAGAGAGAGACAGUUUUCAUUCUCUGUUUAUUCCUGAGAAAUACUCUGCGUGACCUUUGACCUCGGCCGUUGCACCAUGUGUCAUGUGAUUGUGACGUGUCGUUCCAUGCUGUGGACACUGCUCAGCAUCGUGGCGGCGUUCAGCGAGCUCAUUGCCUUCAUGAGCACCGAUUGGCUGGUGGGUUUCCCGCGGACACCGGACACCGUGUUCUCGCCUCAGGGGGCGACGGCGGCAGGCGAGGCGUACCGGCCCACGCUGGGCAUUUACGGCCGCUGCAUCCGGCUGCCUCACUUGCGGCGCGGCGUGCUGUGUGGACCGUAUGCCGUGCAUUUCGGAGAGAUCGCCAGCGGGUUCUGGCAGGCCACCUCCAUCUUCCUCGCAGCGGGAAUUCUGCUGCUGUGUGCCGUGGCGUUUAUAUCCGUCUUCACCAUGUGCUUCCAGAGUAUCAUGAAGAAGAGCAUCUUUAAUGUGUGCGGACUGCUGCAGGCCAUAGCAGGUUUGUUUCUGAUUGUGGGUCUGAUGUUGUAUCCUGCUGGUUGGGGUUCUGAUAAAGUCCAGUUGUACUGCGGUCCGGACGCGUCUCCAUAUAAAUUGGGUCUGUGUUCUAUGGGCUGGGCGUUUUAUACCGCGCUGGGCGGCACCGUUCUCACCUUCAUCUGCGCCGUGUUCUCCGCACAAGCCGAGAUCGCCACGUCCAGUGAUAAAGUCCAGGAGGAGAUUGAAGAGGGCAAGAGUCUCAUCUGUCUGCUGUGAGAGAGAGACACACAGAUAAAAGACUCGUUCACCACUAAGACUUGUUUGUUUUUACGUGUUUGUUUCCUUUCAUUUGAUUUCAUGUUGUUGAGUGUCAGCUGUCUGUCUCUCAUCUGAUGUAAAUAUAUGUGUAUAUAAUGUAAAUAUCAUUCUGCAGGAGGCGUCUCGUCUGUUCACACCAGAAACACUGCUCAGACUCGCUCCAUCUGCUCUGAUUUAUCUGGAUGUUCUCCAGUGAAUCUCAUGAAAACAUGUCCAGGUCACAUUUCAAACUGAAAAAGAAAAAAGAAAAAUGAAGCAUAUUUUUAUUUUAUAUUUUAAGAUUUUUCCUUUAAUCGUCGGAGAAAUAGGCUUUAUUUUCUGUAUGUCAAAAAUAAUUUCUUAUUGAGGUGAAACAUGAGCUGUUGGCAGUUUUCAUGAGAUUCACCGUCUCAGUUUCAGCAUCAUCAUGAAGGUGUUUCACAGUGAACGCUGAUCUCACAUCAGUAUUUUGUGCUGUAUUAAGACUGUUGAAGCACAAAUGGAUUAAAGAUUAGUGACCUGCGACAAAACAAUGUGCCAGAAUGAAUGAAGGAUUCUCCUGCGUCAGUAUUCCAGUGUGCCAAACUCCCGUUCCUGAUGUCUGGAGAGUUUAGAAGUGUUGAGAGGAAAUCAAAGCCCUGAAAACUCUCAAUCUAACAGUCCAGAGUGCCAAUGACAUGUACUGUGUGUGUGUGUGUGUGUGUCUGUCAACUCUAGUUCACUAGCUCAUUGUUCUUUUCCAUGUCACACACUCAUCUCUGUCAAAUAAAGAAGCCAUGAUUAACACGA